GCUCCACUGACUAUCGCCAAAGGGGAAGACCCUGAAUGCAUAUUCACUAUUUCCCACCUAUCCUACAUCUUUGCCUACAUAUACCUUACUCUUGCUGUAACACUUUGUACUACAUACAUACAUGCCACACAACAGUACGUGUAUCGCACUCUGUCUUGGUAUCGCCUUGCCAUCCAUUUGCCAUGUACUUCUACUACACUCCUUGAUACACUUCGUCUAUAUCCCCCUUAUCCCUUUAUCCCCUUAUUCAUCCCUGCAAAUCCCUACCUCGUACAACAUACAAAGAAGACGGGAUCAUCGCUGCUGCUGCUACUCCCCAAAUCUCAUUCCUCAUCUAGUAGCUCCCCCCUUGCAACUAUCCCAUGUGGAUUGGGUCCCCACAACUUCCUUCAUUGCAUCAUCGUCACUCUCUCCAACGCCAGUGGAAUUAAUUCCGCCGAUCCCAUCCGGGCCUUUCUCCUGGUGAUAUUCCACCGCCACCGCUCGUGUUUCCAAACAAACAUCUACGUUGAAUACUCAAGAGAAAGAAAACAUAAACCCCAGAAAAAGAAGGCGAAAGGGGUUGCGCUGUUUUUUUUUCUCCUAAUCCAACAAUUGGGAGUAUAUGUGCAGCGU